CUCAGCAACACCCUUCCAAGAUGGCAGCCAACAGUAGCAGCACGGGUAGUAAAUCCAGCAACAGCGCCGGCGGAAAACAGUCCGGCCCGUCGGCUGAACAGGUGGUGUCAACAUUUCAGAGGAUGCGACAGGAACAGCGCAGUAUGGCUUCCAAAGCUGCAGAGUUGGAGAUGGACAUCAACGAGCACAGCUUAGUAAUUGACACACUGAAGGAAGUGGAUCCUUCGAGGAAAUGCUAUCGUCUCGUAGGUGGUGUGUUAGUGGAGAGGACGGUAAAAGAAGUUCUACCGGCAUUGGAAACCAACAAAGAACAGAUCUCCAAAAUAAUAGAGUCCAUCAACACACAGAUGCAGACGAAAGGACGGGAACUCACAGAGUACCGGGAACGCUACAACAUCCGCUUGGUAGGAGAGGGUGAAUCAGAGGCGCAGGGCCAGUCGGCCACCAGGGACAGCGAAGGAGGCGGAUCCAAAAGCGGAGCUGGUGUUCUAGUGUCAUAGUUUGUGAGGAUGGACGGUGACAGUCGGGCCCUUUGAUUUCUGCAGUACUGAAAACAUAGUUGGAGUCACAAAAUCUGCACAGGAUAACUUUGGAUUUGGAUAUUACUGAAUUUUUUGCUGAACAUAUUGCACCAGAUGAUUGUCAGCCAACUCAAACAUAGAACUCUGCUUAUAUGCUCAGUGUGAAUGCAAGUGUGUCUCAGAAUUAAGGUCUUAUAUUUGCUCAUUUUCUAAAUUGCAGAAAUACUGUGGCGUUCAACAAUGAAAUGUUUAAAUAUUAGUCGCACUUACAAAUGAGCCGGUAAUCUUUUGUUUGUUUUUUUGCUGUCACAGAUUAUAGAACAUAGUUUCCCUUUUAAGAUACAACUGCCAGGGUGCUGGGUAGAAAGUUUAACCUUAAAGAACACCAAGACACGCAAGUAGAAAACAUUAAUUCAAAAUUAGAUAAUUUGUAGGAAAACACACUUUAGCAUUUUGUAAACAUCAGAUUUUGGACUAACAACUUAAAAAAGGGGGGAAAUUGUUUUCACAGGGCCCUAGAGUAGGUUGUAGUUGAUCAAGAAGUCGUCCUUGCUGUGGCAGAACAGGUCCUGGAAGGCAUUUUGACAAAACAUGUCUUAAACACGAACAGGUGAUUAUACUGUUAACACUUCUCUGUAGAUAAAAAUAAAUCUGUCAGUCUUAUUCAGCUUCCCUCUGUGACAGUUCAUUCACCAUUUACAAAGUUAUGUUCACACAAGUCAUGCAGAAAGAGAGUUGUAUUUACACUCCAAAUUAGGUUCUCGAAUAUCAGGAUGAUGUUCACAUCUUGUGUUUGGGUGGUUCCUGCACACUGUGAUGUGAGCAGUGAGUGUUGUCACCACACCCUAAUAAUAAAGCCCUGUCACUGAAAACACAAUACAACCUGUCAUAUUCCUUUUGAUCUGUGGAACGCACCAGAGCUUGGCAUUAACUUAGGAAAUGCCUCCUGGGACCCGACGCACUGUUCAAGCGGUUUAUGUGUUGUAAGGACAAAUAUGUUUUUGUUAAUGCUCAUGAAUUAAAAAUGUCACAAUUGUG